GGGCUUCGAAGCGGGCCUCCAGCGGGCCUCCAGCGGGCGCCUCGGACGGGCCUUGAGCGGGUCUUAAUCAAACCUCGGCGGCGAGCUGCCGGCCUAGCGCGUUCCAACGUGAGCCAGUUCCGACGUAGAGCGCGAACGACUAAGGCUAAUCCUAAUAGAACCGGCUAGAUCGCGUCCCGGACUCCGGCUCGGCGCAACGAUCGGACAGCGAGGAAGCAGCGACCGGAAACGAUGGGCAAGCCGUUGCACUGGAUCGUGGUACUGCAGCUGUCGUCCGCGUUCGCUUAUACGUACGAGCCUUGGUAUCGCGGGGAUACGAGGCGUCCGGUCGACUUGAUCACCGACGUCAUCAACGAUCUCGGGGUGAAGAUUCUCCAGCGAUAUUCCAGUCAUGGGAACGUGGCGUUCUCCCCCACGGGGGUUGCCUUCGUGUUGGCGGCGCUCUACGAAGGGUCCGCUGGUAGAGGAAGCCAGCAGAUCGUCGACGCCAUGGGAUUACCAGCCGACCGGGACGUCACGAGGAUCGGCUUCAGGGAUAUUCAUCGACGAUUGAGAAGCUACCUGAACGCCGACGGAUUUCUGGGUGGGCUGACGCUAAGUCGGGAGAACACCAGGCUCCGGCCCGAAUACGAGGACAUUCUGAGGUUUUACGGCUUCGAUCUGUCGAGCAUUGAACAAGAGGCGAACGUAACCGUUAGCGUGGAGGACAGGUCGACUACGACCGAGCUGCCGGCCGAGACGACGAGCGCCGGGAGUGCGACGGACACGACGACGUCAGCGGUCACGGGUGCCGUCGCGACGCUCUCUUCUUCGGUCGCUGCUGCGGAGACGACGCUCGCCCCGUCGACCGCAGCGGCAACCGUCGCCAACGUGCCAACGACACCGCCUCCGGGCGCACCUAUCGCGAGUUCUCCAACCGCUGUCGUUCCCGACGAAGGAGGUGCCCAGCCACCUCCGUCCGCUGCUACGGGCAGCGUCGCGACUCCACCUAGUAUGACUACGACUACACCGCUAAACAUCGGGCAGACCUCGACGUCCAUGGACAGCCAAGCUAGCGCGAGCACGGUGACCAUGGUCGUGGUCGCCGGCAGUCAGACACCCCCGAUGCCAACAACAGUAUACGCCGGCGAUAUCGCGACGGACGUGCCGACGAUGAGCACUCAAGCACCGCCGGCCAGCGCGGCUACGACGCGGCUGAUGAGUGCCGAUACUGAGGUUCCUUCUACGUUCGGUACGAGCACCGCCGAGUCGACGCCGGUCGUAACGAACGCGAGCAGCUCGGACUCGUCGACUGUAGAGACGAGGACCGAAGCGACGACAGCUGGCGCUGGUGCGAUUGUCGCCGACACGACGGCCGCGAACGCGACCGUUACCGGCGAGAUCUCGGAUACCGCUACCUCGAAUUCUUCGGCCACCGUGACACCGAUAACUCCAGAUACCGCGAGCGUGACUAUCCCGAAUCCCGUCACUGGGACGAUGAUGGCUAACAGCAUUGUCCCGCAACAGAACGCCGAGCCGACAAGCACGAGUGGUCCGGCCGGGGAUACCUCGGGAGUGACUAUUACUACGAUCGGUUUAACGACGGCGUCGAUGACCGAUGCCGAUGCCGAUGGUACCACGGCACCGAUCAGCCCCGAGGGAAGCCCAGAAACGACGACGACGAUGAUAUCACCUGUCGCAGCGAGCAACGGGACUCUGAACGAUCUCGCCGGGAAUUCGGAUAAUUCCGCAAUCGCGACAUCCACGUCGAUUGGUAAUCAAACGGUCGCGCCUUCUCCCACGGGUGAGAACACCGUCGCGAUGGGUCGAAGGAGGAAAUCAAUUGAGGUCGAAGUCACCGAAUUGAAAUCGAAGAUGGAGGAUAUAACGAGCGACAGUACCGUUAAAGAUGAAUCGACGCGCGAUAAUCGCAAACGCAGAACGAGAAGUCCGCGCGGAUAUUUUUCCAGUUAUCCAGACGAAGGCAUCUGGAUGCAGGACUUAGACAUCUGGAAAUCCUACAGCACAAUGAGCCCGAGGGAAUCCCCCGAAGAUUCGACGUCGGAAAUAACGUUUCUGGUGAACGGUUGCGACGCUUAUUCGGUGUCAGGCUCCAGAUACACCGCCGUGCUGCCUUUCGCGUACUUCCCGUCGUUGCAGGCUGUCGCGCUCGAGUUUCCUCUGGACGAUCCGCGAUACAAUAUCAUACUCCUAAUGCCGACGGACAGAACGGACACGCAUCGUCUGGCGAGAGAUCUCAGCGGGAAGUCGUUGAGAUUGUUGAGGAAGCGAUUACAACCUACUUGGGUCAGGGCCACCAUACCUUCGUUCAUGUUACGCGGUUUUGUCACACUGACGUCAUUUUUACAGAGGUUGGGAAUUCUGGACGUAUUCGAGCCAAGGGUGGCCGAUUUAUCACCCAUGACAGCCGAUCUCGGCGUAUACGCCAGGGACGUGCAGCAGAGUAUAGGGGUCAAUAUAAGGAAUUAUAUGAAACCUGACCGAACGCAUUCUCGUGAGUCGUCUAAUGUCGAACCUCCCUCGAUCGUUCCACCUCGAAGGGACUAUUAUCGAUAUCGAUCUCCAGGAAACGGUCUGUUCGAGAGAGCUGGGCCGGUGCCUUUCACGGCUAUGCAUCCUUUCCUUUACUUCAUCGUCGAUACCGAGACUUCGGUGAGUCUAAUCGCCGGUCGAGUGGACGACCCGCUCAAUUCGAGAAUACUGUAGGGACGUGUAUCUACGGUUUGCGCUUGAAAGUUUUUAAAUAAACACUCGUUUAUUUGGCGAUACUUAUAAAUAGUUCUAUACUUUAUAAUGUAGACUCCUCUCUCUUUCUCGCACGCAACUAUUAUCGAACAUACGCAAUUAACAUAACGUGCUCUGUACAAAAUUCCUAUAUUUGUAAAUAAAGAAAUAUAAAGAUAAGAAAGAGAGGCAGUGUGUAACCUGAAGUGUGCAGGAUUGAGCAUUUGGAAGAACGUUCCGAGUUACUUCACGCCACAGAGCGAGCAAGGGCAAGAAUUUUAACGCACCUUGACUAAUUGACGGAGAUGAGAAAGCAGGCAGGUGUUU